CCAGCGGGAGUGGUGUGAUGACGCCGGUCAACGCAGAGUCUCUGCCGGAUAAGGAGCGGAUCGCUCUGCAUGAUGGCCCCUUAUCGGACUCAUCCAACAGUGUGACUGUUGAACCCAUUGCCCAGAGCGUGAAGCGGUUUCUUUCCCUGCGCAAUAGCGACGGGAACGCACUGCACUCGGCUAGAAUCGUCAUGGAGAACGUAACAGUCGAAGGGAGUGGUACGGGGGCUCUGCCGGCGCCAAGCGUCCUCACAGCGGCAAAAGGUGGCUUCGGCCUGUUGGAGCCCAUCCAAAGUCGCCUGCAUCGACCGUCAUCACGGCCCAUCCUUCGUGAUUUCUCCGCUGCAAUCCAGCCGGGCGAGAUGGUCUUGGUCAUUGGAAAGCCGGGCAGUGGUUGUACCACGUUCUUGAAGACCCUGGCUGGCAUGUGGAAUGAGUACAAGGGCGUCCAGGGAACCUUGACCUUCGGAGGUCAGCCUAUGGAAGAUGUCAUUGAUAAGGAUCCACAGGAUGUUGUGUUCUGUGGCGAGUCUGAUGACCACUUCCCGACGCUGACCGUCUUCGAAACACUGCGUUUUGCAAUGCGGGCGCGGUGUGGCCCUAAGCCCUCCUCUUCAGAGAUUGACGAGAGAGUGACGCAGCUGGCGCAAUUGAUUGGACUCGGUCAUGUUCUGAACACAAAGGUUGGAGACGCUUAUAUCAGAGGUGUCAGUGGAGGUGAGAGACGCCGUGUCUCGUUGGCUGAGGCGCUCGCCACAUGUGCAAGGCUGAUUUGCUUGGACAACCCGACCAAUGGCCUGGACUCCUCGACAGCGCUUGAGUUCAUAGAGAUGAUGCGGGAAUGGACCCACCAGAGUCAGUGCGUGACAGCCAUGAGCGUGUAUCAAGGCAGUGAUGCUAUUGUUCCAUACUUCGACAAGGUUGUUGUGAUCAAUGCCGGACGUCAGAUCUUCUAUGGCUCCAUCCAAGAUGCCAAGUCGUACUUCCUGAGUCUGGGCUUCGAAUGCUCAUCUGCUACCACCACCACCGACUUUUUGAACUCCAUGUCCGCCAGUCCAGAGGUUCGCCGUGUACACGAAGCUCAUCAGAACCAGGUCCCCCGCACACCCGACGAGUUCCAGCAAGAGUUUCGACGUAGUGUUCACUUUGACGAGCUUAAGUCAGCCGUCCAGGCUGCGAAGUCUCUUCCUGCAGUGGCCCGUCCUUCGAAAUCGGCGCAAUACGCUUUGCCACUUUACCAGCAAAUUGCGUACUGUACCACGCGCCAGGUUCGCAUCAUUCAACACAACUAUAACUCUUUGGUUGUGGAAGCCCUGUGUAUCGUUGUCCAAAGCUUGAUUCUGGGAACAUUGUUUCGAAAUCAGCAACGCAGCACGGGAUCUUUCUUCAUCUUCGCGUCCGCCCUCUUCUACUCAGUACUCGUGCCCGCACUGCAGGCUAUGGCGGAAUUCCGCAGUACAUUCGCCCAACGACCGCUGAUUCUGAAGCACAAGCGAUACCGGCUAUAUCGGCCCAUGGCUUACGGCUUUGGAUUGAUCAUGACGGAUAUUGUCUGGAAGAUCUUCGUUAUCUUUUGGAAUAUUCCCCUGUAUUUCUUGACUGGUUUCCAAAUGAACGCCGGCAAGUUCUUUACCUGGUUCAUCGUGGUAUACAUCGAGCACUUGGCUUUGUCCAUGUUCUUCCGCUCGGUCGCCGUGUAUUCUUCCAACAUGUACCGCGCUGUUCUACCGGUCGGUAUCUUCUUCAACAUGUACGUCCUGUACACAGGUCUAUAUGUGCCACCACCGCAGAUGCAAGUAUGGCUCGGCUGGCUGAGAUAUCUGAAUGUGAGUUCGCCCCAUAAAAUAACAAAGUCACAUGCUAACCCCAACGAACAGCCCCUGCAUUAUGGUUUCGAAUCGGUCAUGAUCAACGAGUUUGGCAACCUGAGCUACGAGUGUAGCACCGCAGAUCUUGUUCCGUCCGGACCUGGGUAUACCAGCAUUGCCAACCAGGUAUGCGCAGUAGUGGGAUCGGAGCCAGGUCAACGAAUGCUGUCAGGAAUGGCAUACAUUAAGGCACAGUACGGGUUCGAAAGAAGUAACCUGUGGCGCAAUCUGGGAAUUAACGCAGCUUUCUUCAUUGCCUUUGGUCUGGCCUCAGCCAUUGGUAUGGAGCGUCUAAAGCAACCAGCUGGCCGCUUAGCGACUGUAUUCUAUCGUGGCAUGGGAUCUAAGAAGUCGUCUGCUCCACAACCUGGAGCGAAGAUGAGUGAUCAAGAAAGCGGAGAUCUGGAUCUGGAUGUUCCGCCAGAGCCGGGCAAAGCAAGCACACGUGAGCGAAGCGCAACACUGGAGUAUCAGCCUCGCAGCCUGACCUGGACUGGGCUAAACCUCGAUGUGAAAACCAAGGACGGUCAGAAACGCCUGCUCGACAAUUUAAACGGAUCUGUGUAUAGUGGUCAGCUGAAAGCAUUGAUGGGUGUAUCCGGAGCGGGCAAGACUACUCUGCUGAACGCGCUGGCGGGCCGCUCAAAAGUGGGAGCCCUUACUGGAACACUGGCGCUGAACGGACAACUGCUUCCCAAGUCUUUCAACCGCCACAUGGGCUAUGUACAACAGCAGGAUAUUCACUUGCCUACGCAAAGUGUACGAGAAGCAUUGCAAAUGACGGCCCGCCUUCGCCGAUCGCAAGACGUUUCCCUCGAUGAGAAGGACGCCUAUGUUGAAGAAGUCAUUCGGUCGCUAGACAUGGAAUCAAUUGCGGAUGCUUUGGUCGGAACGCCGGGAGCCGGUCUCAAUCUGGAACAGCGCAAGAGGGUCAGUAUCGGUGUGGAAAUGGCUGCAAAGCCGGACAUUCUAUUCCUGGACGAGCCCACUUCCGGCCUUGAUGGGCAGUCAGCUUACUCCAUUGUCCGUCUCUUGCGAAGACUCGCGGACUCUGGCCAGGCAAUCAUCUGCACUAUCCACCAACCCGCCGCGGAAUUGAUCUCAACGUUUGACGAGCUCUACCUGUUGGCACGUGGUGGACGGGUUGUGUACGAUGGGCCGCUGGGUGUGGAAUGCCAGCAGGCUCUCGCUUACUUUGCGCAACAUGCUCGCCCGUGCCGUGAGCGAGAGAACCCCGCCGAAUACUUUCUCGAGGUGAUCGGCGCCGGCACACGACGGGAUGUUCAGACUGAUUGGGCAGAGAUAUGGAAGCAAAGCCAUGGCCAACCCUCCAACACCCAGAUUGCACCUGCCUCGCCAAAGAGUGAUUCGUCCAUGUCCUUGCACGCCGCACCCUUCCAUUACCAGAUGGUCGUCUUGCUCAAGCGAACAUGGCUGUACUACUGGCGGGCGCCAGACUAUGCUCAGGCUAAAUUGUGGUUAAAUGCGGGUAAUGCGUUGCUCAACGGAAUGACCUACCUCAACUCACCACUGACUCAACGGGGCGCUUACAACCGCGUCUUCUCCUCGUUCAUGUCCUUGAUUGUCGGCCCUCCCUUGGGUCUGCAGGUGCAGCCGCGGUUCGUCACAUUGCGGAAUAUCUUCGAGCACCGUGAACGUGAGAGUCUGACCUACCACUGGAUGGCGUUCAGCCUUUCCGCCAUCCUGGUGGAACUGCCGUACGCCUUCUGCACCUCCCUCGUGUAUUGGCUAUUGUGGUAUUUCCCAGUGGGAUACUUCCGCGACUCCAACCAUGCCGGCUACAGCUUUCUGAUGUACCAAUUGUUCUCUGUCUUCGCGACCAGUCUGGCCCAACUGUGCGCCUCGCUGAUGCCCACCGUGGAAGCCGCGCUCUCGGCAAACGGGUUUUUCUUCAUGUUCUGUAACACCUUCGCGGGCACCCUGUCACCGGCGCCAGUCACACCCGCUGGAUGGCGUUGGUACUACAAGGUUUCGCCCCUGUUCUACAUGAACGAAGGCGUGGUGGUGGAUGUUCUGCACGAUCUACCCCUCCACUGCGCGAAGUCGGAGAUGUCCGUGUUCCAGCCACCAACCGGCAAGAGCUGCUACGAAUAUGCUGCUGCCUUCUUGCAAGAUGCCACGGGCUUCCUCGUCAACCCGAACAGCACGGCCAACUGCGAAUACUGUCCGUACAAAAACGGCCAAGCUUACUACACGCAAUAUGACUACAGUUAUAGCCACCGGGGCCGGAAUGUGGGUGUUUUCAUCGGCUUUAUUGCUUUUAAUUUCACCAUGGUGUUGGUGAUCACCUAUCUGACGCGUGUGCGUCGACGCCGUUGAGAGGGGGGAGAUAAUAUGUGGCUUAGAGUAUGCAUUGCCGAUUUCUUGGUCUUUUUCUUUUCCAUGCCGCCUCAUUUUCUCAAAUUUCUGCGCUUUUAAUUGUCAUCUUAUGGUUCAUUCUGAGUCAGGGAUCGGAGGAGUAUCAUCAGGGUUUGUUUGUCUGUCGCUUGGCAUUAGUCAUUGUAAACCCAGCUUUGUGUGCUUGUAUGUAUCGGUACAAAGAUCUACCGGCCCGCUCCGGCAGUUCCAGCCCAAAGAAUCAAAAGUCCAAAUUAGUGACAGCUCGCUUCCAGACCCUUCUGAUAUGUCAUGUAGCCUGUAUCUCAGAGAAUAGCUUAAAGUAACUUCACUUUCGGGGGAGCGGAAGAUGGGGGGGAGAGGGGGAGGGGGAGGC